AUGUCAUCAUUCUCACAAUUUGGUAAACUUCCCAUCGAACUUCAACUCAGAGUCUGGUCUUUCUCCCUGGAUCCACAUCGCAUUAUUCCACGCAUCAUCGAAGCCGACUACGAUUCGAACAACUUCCCACACAAAUAUAAAUCCCAACCUCCACCACUCACCCAAACAUGUCGGGCCUCUCGUGAAGUUGCUCUUAAGAAUUACUCAGUCCUCAAUCCCUCUGCGGCAAAGGAAGUGGGCGCCAUAUACUUCCAUCCCGCCGUCGACGUUUUAUACUAUUAUCCCUCUUGCCAGCUAUCCGCUCAUCAAAACUUUUGCUCGCUUGCCACAACAUCAUUCCUGGACCCGAAGCUUCCAACUCAUCUCAUCCAGCACAUAAUGUUCACACAAUCAUACCUCACACAUCGAGCACGUGAUUCGUUCCUCUGCCCAAUUCCAGAGUUGAGACAUUUCGGAAAUAUCAAGACGUUAUACAUCGCAUUACCGAGCCAUGCGGAGUUGGAAGUAGAAGCUAGGAUUUGGUAUAAACAACUCAUGAGAUUCACACCAGAUUUUGAGCCUCCACUGCAUCCUCACAUCACAGCAUCCUAUGCACGCGAGAAACUUGAAGAGGCCACUGGACGUCGAGAUGUUGUACCUGGUUACACAUUACUAGCCGAAGAUAAAGGAAGUUUGCGCAAACAUCAAGUUACGAGUUGUUUUGGAUGGCAGGAAGGUGGUGUGAAGGGGGCGUGGGUUUGUGGUGAUGGGCCUGGAAGGAAUGGUGGUGAGAUUAGGAAGGGAGAGGAUUGGUUAGGUAGAGAGUUACCUGCAGUGAGAUAUUUAAGAGCUGUGCCGAAGGAAUAG